AUGCCCACUGAUCAGGUCAAUCAGACAGUGAACGAGACAGUCUCUUGCUCGAUCAAUGACACCGCGUGCUUUGACACCGCAAUGCUCAUCAAUGUUGAGCCGACAGACACGAAGGAGCUAUUCCUGAACGGAUCUGGGGCAUCGGUCUUGCCUGAUCACCAGAAGGAGAGCUACUUGCACGGGAAGAAGGAUCUUCAGCAAUGCCGAGAGCUUGCCCAAAAUUUUCCGUCGACUUUCCCAAGUGGGACGGCAGUACGAAAGGUGUCAAACAACCCGCUCAAGAUCACGCUCCCUUGCGUCUUUAACCCGGAGUCCACUCUACUGUGCGACCGGUGGCUCCUGGACGACUACGACAAGGUGAAGCUGCAGACAGCUUGGAUUGCUGCAAUGGCCCUGGCUUUGGCCGCCUUCGCUGGAUCAACUCUGCUUGGCCGUCAAGUCAGAAAAGUCUUUGGCAGAGAAUCGCCGGAGGCUUCCGAGCUCUCCAAGGAUGACAUAAGCAGAUUUGAGAUGGAGGCGCUGGUUCACAAUAUCUGUGGCGAUCGGGCUGCUCACCUGGCCAAAGUCUUUGUCAUGGUGUUGAAUGUCUUCACCGUCGUGCUUCCCAUAUCCAACGUGGCCAUUUUUGCGCUUGCCACUGAGAAGACGUACUUCCCAUCACACGACGGGGUCGGAUUCUCUGAUUGGUGUGCGAAUUGGCAUGAUACUUGGUUGAUCGGAUCGAUCUGCUUGUUGCUUCUACUCCAGGUGGCAAGGGCCGCCGCAUCCAGCAAGAGCCCGAGAUUCUCGGGAAGCGGCCACUUCGCUUGGUUGGUGUACCUCUUGACGGACGUCAGCUCCGUAGCUGACACCGUAGCCGUUGGGCUCUCCUGCUGUUCCUUCUUGUAUUGUAGAGCGGUGCACUGGAACUGGAUGAUCUUUACCUUCGUGCGCGUGAUCGAGUCCCUGGGUCACUGGGGCAUAGGAGUCAACUUCCAUGGCUUCUCACAGGCUGGAAAUGGCAGAGAGGAUCGCCGUAUGGUGAUUGCAAUGAGCAGCUUUGGGCUGGUGAUGUGGGUGUUGAUCGGCAGCCUCUACUAUGCGGUGAACAUGAGAAAUGCAGCGUCCCGGUGGGAAACGGCUGUGACCGUGGAGAAUGCGGCCCGGAAGCCUCGAGUCGAACUCGAACUUUGGCAACGUUUCGAGUCCAUUCCAUCUUCGAUGUUUUUUGCGCUGUUGAACCUCUACAAGAAGAAUCCAAUGGCUCUUGCUUUUGACAACUGGCACGAGCAAAUGUUGGUGGUCUUUGUGAAUGUUUGGUGUGUUCCGAUCUUCGCACUUGUGGCAGGCAUGAUCGGCAGCGCGGUCUCGAAUGCCGUCUGCGCCAAGGACCCAAAUGACAGGAAGCAGGACCAAGAGGCGCAGUCCGGACUUGGCGCUCAUGAGGAUGAAUAUGAGGAAGAAGAAGAGGAGGAGGAGGAGCAAGAAGAGGAUCCGCUAGUGGAAGGCUUUGACGAUGAAAAGGCAACGAAGACUUCUGUCCUGGAGCAAUGGAAGUACAUCAUCCACUCGUGGCGAGAGUUUCUCCUGAACCUCACCUGGGAAGACCACCUUCACCCAGCUGUGCUGGCAAUUCUGGGAUUUGGGUCGCUGUUUUUCUAUGGCAUAACUACCUCUUGCCAAGAUGCAGCAUGCACGUGGUUCUUCGUGCGCUUGAGCCGAUUCCCUUCUUGGGCCCACCCAGUGGCCGAUGGAGCAGUUGGUGCCGCCUUUCUGGCUGAUUGGAUCACGAGCUCUGCUGUGGUUGCUAGGCGUGCGGACAGCGAGGAUGCUGCUAGCUCCGCUGAUGGUGAGAUGCCUGCAGCUGACUCUGGAGAUGGAGUCGCUGCAGACCACAUCUCUUUUUGGAGACACAUUGGCUAUUUCAUUGCAUCUGUGCCCGGCAUUGUCCACCUGCUGCUGCUAGUUGCUAAUGGCUUCGAGGAGUCCUCGGAGAACAAGUACAUAUUUUGCCUCUGCAGCCUUUUUCGGAUCUACUUGUUGGAAAAAUGGUUGGACCAUCCUUUUCGGCAUGCUCUGGAAGCCAUCGAAAAGCAUCGGAAGGCUUUGGCAACCACAGGUGCAGUAUCCAUUUUCUUUUGGUUCCUUGGUGCCCACCUCCUCUUCUUCUCAGAGUUCCGCAAUCCGGACCGGGACAUGACCAACAAUUAUGGUUCGCUGAUGCGCUCGAUUUGGGCUUCUUCCAUUUUCUUGAACGGUGAAUGGGUUUUCUGUGACUUCACAUGGGCAGGGAAGGCAGUGGGAUGUUUUGUGGUCAUAUUUGGCGUGAGCAUCGUCGUUGUUCCGAUGAUGGUUUUCUCUGGCGAGUUUAUGAAGCGUCUCCUGGGCGACUUCUUCGAGAACAAUGUACACCAUCUGAAGGCUGAGGAGCGCGACCUCUGGCAACUCAAGAUGGAGCCGGCUGAAGAUGCUCCAAGCUGGCGCAAAGAAAUCUUCAGCCUGCUGUAUGCGCAUCUGCAGAGGCUGAAGCAAGGUUUGCAUCAAGAGACCCAGUUUCAUCGUUCAAGAAUUCUCCGACAAAAUCUGCCAUGGAGAUUUCAGCUGUUCAAGCAGGUGUCGCUAUCGACAUCUUUAAUUUUCACUCUUGUGACUUUGAUGGAGAACAGCCAGUACAUGAACGCCAAAGUGGGAUGCACCGAGAAGGAGAUCCACCGCAACAUCGUCUUCAGGCAGAUGUUCGAUGGCGUUGAACAAUGCCGUUCUUUCCUGACCUGGGCUGACACCAUUGAAGCAAGAAUUGAUCUGGUGUUUCUACAUUUCUUCAUUCUGGAGUUCAUCCUUCGGUACAUAGCCCUAGGCUGGCGCCACUUUGUCUCCGAGUUGGGCCUUGCAGAACUCUUCGCAAUUGUUGGCUUGAGCUGGUCUCUCACGCGAUACCGCGAGGAUGCGCUGCACCACCCGGAGAACUGGCGAGCGAGUGGGACCAUGAUCGGUGCUGUAGUUCCUCUACGACUCUGCCGGCUUGUCUCUGUUGGGUCCUACUUUGGAGUUGUGCGUGCAGUCCGGAAGGUGCUGUUCAUCGCCCGGUGGCCGUUGAUCAAGAGCUUUUACUUCCUCCUUGUUGUGUGGUACACUCAUGCUAUGCUCUUACACUUUGCAGAGUCGGACAGUACUUCCCUGGCCAUUGCUGGCGCACAAGUCAGACCGGCAAAGGACCCUGACAUCCCUGACGGUGAGGUUCUGUUUCUGAAGCCGAUGGAGCAAUCGAAAAGGUUCAAAGACUACCUCACGGCCAUGCAGUACAGCCUCCUGCACUUGACCGGCGACUACCCCAUCGUGAAGUACACCAUCACUUCCAAGCUGCUGCUCAUUGCUGGCCUCGUGGUGGGAACCUGUGCAGUAGUCGUAUGGACUGCGAUCUUCAGCUCGAGUAUGGUGAACUACCUGGCAAACGAAGCUGUAGAGGACCCGUUGGCCAAAGCUGUGGAGCGUAGAAUGCUGCUGGCGAUUGAGGUAGUGACGCGCAUUCAGCGUUCUUGGAGGCGCAGACAGGCAGAAAGGAAGAAAGCAAGGGAGCAAGGAGGCAUGUCUGAUGAGAAGGCAAGCCGGGGAAGUCAGCACCCAGGACGGCCACCUCCGGAUCAGGACAAGGCUUUGCGAAGGUUCUGGGCAUCCUUUCCCUGGGAGCGUUUCUUCCAGAUAACGCUCGUCGUCAAUCUCUGUGUCAACAUGUUGUGCUCUCUGCCAGAGGUUGUACCCUUAUUAACAGGGAGGGACAGCUGGGAGGAACUUUAUCGGCAAAGGAUGGCGGCCAAGUUCGAGACGCUGUGCCUGGUCAUCUUCUGCGUGGAGCUGGUUUUGACCCUCCGGGCAGGGAAAGGCCGUGAAGGGAAAAGGUGGUACUUCUAUCGCACAGUCGAUUUCUUGUGCCUACUACCUGGAGUUGCGACGAUCACGAUGGUGACGGUAGAAUUCAUCAAGAAGGAUCACGCGGAAAAUGCUGAAUUGGCAGUGUUUUUGGUCGAAGUGGACAUGCUGGUAAAAGCCACGAAGAUGGUCCGCGUUCUGCGAAUUCUUUUCUGGCGCCAAUGGAAAGACGAUGUGCAGGUCUUCAUUCGGGGGGUAACUUCUACAGGUCCGAUUCUGGCAGUGCCGGUCUUCAUGUCCCUGCAAAUCUGGGUGGUCAUCUCCAGCCUCUUUGUUUUCACAGAAAACACCUGGAACUCUCCCUCCCAGGCAUUCUUCGCAUCUGUGCCAUCAGCCAUGUAUUGGACGUCUUCUUUCCUCAUAGGAGAGUGGACCCUGGCGGACUUUUCUCCAGGUGCUGGCUCACGAGUCUGCAUAUGCACAGCGCUUUUUGGUAUCAUGGGCUUCGCGAUUCCUAUGGGUAUUCUCAUGGAGGGGGUCAAGCAGUCCAUGGUCGUCGACAUGAUGGAGCGCCUCCCCCUCAACGAGCUGGCGGAGUAUGAGGAAGCAAAGGGGACAUCAAAGCGUCCGUCACAGCAGGCCAUCAAGGCGCAGGGCACAGAUGCGUCAAGCUCGAGGAUUGACACUGGUGGAAUCGACAGGCAUCAGCAGCUGAAGCGAGCUGCCAAGCUCGCAGCCAUGACCAGGCUGCAGGCUUCCAAGACCUCCAAGGGUCAAGCCAAGUGA